GCGGGCGGAAGUGACGCGGCGGAAGCGGGGCCGGGCGGGGCGGCCAUGGAGCUCAGCGAGAUGCUCUACAACAAGUCCGAGUACAUCGAGACGGCCUCCGGCAACAAGGUGAGCCGUCAGUCCGUGCUGUGCGGCAGCCAGAACAUCGUCCUCAACGGCAAGACCAUAGUGAUGAACGACUGCAUCAUCCGUGGGGACCUGGCCAACGUGCGGGUGGGACGGCACUGCGUGGUCAAGAGCCGCAGCGUCAUCAGGCCGCCCUUCAAGAAGUUCAGUAAAGGGGUGGCUUUCUUCCCUCUCCACAUCGGUGACCAUGUGUUCAUAGAAGAGGACUGUGUUGUCAACGCGGCCCAGAUCGGCUCCUACGUGCACAUAGGCAAGAACUGUGUCAUUGGUCGUAGAUGUGUUUUGAAAGACUGCUGCAAGAUCUUGGACAACACAGUACUCCCUCCUGAAACUGUAGUCCCACCUUUCACUGUUUUCUCAGGCUGCCCAGGACUCUUCUCUGGGGAGCUCCCGGAAUGCACCCAGGAACUCAUGAUUGAUGUUACCAAGAGCUAUUACCAGAAGUUCUUGCCACUCACUCAGGUGGCCUCUGCCAGGGCCUAAAACCAAGCUGCCACUGAAGAUCCCAAACACCCAGCACUGUUAACAUUCCUUACAUUGGCCACUUUCUCCUCCUGUCUCUGAAGCAUCCCUCUGACCUGGGCUCACCUCUCCGCCUGUGCCAGCUCUGGGAAGAUGGAGUGUCAGUGGCUGCCACAGCUCUGCUGGCAGCGUUCGGUCCAGCGUGGUGCAGUAAAACCUGACCCCUGGGGGGCUGUGCCUGUAGCCAGAGGAGCUGCAGCAGUGGGGAAGCAUGUCCUGCAGGGAGGGGAAUGCCUUCUUUCAGGAAUCCUGUACAAACACGGAGCACUUCAACCCCCAA